AUGCUCCUGGAUGCUGGACCUCAGUACCCAGCCAUCGGCGUGACGACCUUCGGCUCCUCUCGCCACCACUCCACGGGCGAUGUGACGGAGCGUGAGGUGGGACUGGGCAUCAACCCCUUCGCCGACGCCGGCAUGGGCGCCUUCAAGCUCAACCCCAGCAGCCACGAGCUGGCCUCGGCCGGCCAAACCGCCUUCACUUCGCAGGCCCCGGGCUACGCGGCGGCGGCGGCGCUGGGACACCACCACCACCACCCGGGCCACGUCGGCUCCUACUCCAGCGCGGCCGCCUUCAAUUCCACGCGGGACUUUCUUUUUCGCAACCGGGGCUUCGGCGAAGCGGCGGCGGCGGCCAGCGCGCAACACAGCCUCUUCGCCUCGGCGGCCGGCAGCUUCGGAGGGCCCCACGGGCAUGGCGAAGCGGCGGGGCAUCUCCUCUUCCCGGGCCUCCACGAGCAAGCCACGAGCCACGCUUCGCCCAAUGUGGUCAACGGGCAGAUGCGCCUCGGUUUCUCCGGAGACAUGUAUGGCCGGCCGGAGCAGUAUGGGCAGGUGACCAGCCCGCGCUCCGAGCAUUAUGCAUCCCCCCAACUGCACGGCUACGGCCACAUGAAUAUGAACAUGGCAGCCCAUCACGGAGCGGGGGCCUUCUUUCGUUACAUGAGGCAGCCCAUCAAGCAGGAGCUCAUCUGCAAGUGGAUCGAACCCGAGCAGUUGGCUAACCCCAAAAAGUCCUGCAACAAAACUUUCAGCACCAUGCACGAGCUGGUGACUCACGUCACCGUGGAGCACGUUGGCGGGCCCGAGCAAUCCAACCACAUCUGCUUCUGGGAAGAGUGUCCCAGGGAAGGGAAGCCUUUCAAGGCCAAAUAUAAACUGGUCAACCACAUCCGCGUCCACACGGGGGAGAAGCCUUUCCCUUGUCCUUUCCCGGGAUGCGGCAAAGUCUUCGCUCGGUCGGAAAAUCUCAAAAUCCACAAAAGGACGCAUACAGGUGAAAAACCCUUUAAGUGUGAAUUCGAGGGCUGUGACAGGCGCUUCGCCAACAGCAGCGAUCGCAAAAAGCACAUGCAUGUCCACACGUCAGACAAGCCUUAUCUCUGCAAAAUGUGCGAUAAAUCCUACACGCAUCCCAGCUCCCUACGAAAACACAUGAAGGUCCACGAAUCCUCUAACCAGGGAUCCCAGCCUUCCCCCGCUGCCAGCUCGGGUUAUGAAUCGUCAACUCCCCCAACCAUCGUCUCUCCAUCCACAGAAAACCAGACCACGAGUUCCUUAUCCCCCUCAUCUUCAGCGGUCCAUCACACGUCCAGCCACAGUACGCUCACGUCAAAUUUUAACGAAUGGUACGUUUAA